AUGAGCUCGCUGGAUGAUCACUCGCUGGACCUGGGUCCUCGGGAUAUUGGCAUAAAACGGGAAAUCAACCGCUCAGAAUCUUCAACCAUACAUGAAAUCCAGAUAUGUGGAGAGACACGGGUUAUGAAGCUCUUCCACGGUAAUGGCGACCCAGGAUACACUCCAAAGGGCCGCGACCUGAAUCGGUUUCGCUGUGAAUUGAAUGCCUAUCGUAACCUCCAUAAAUACGGCGUGUGCAAACGCGGCUUUGUUCCAUUCUUUUAUGGCUAUAUUGAUCGUGUUGACCCGUCGGCUUUUGCGCCACCUCUUACACCUUUCAUCUGCGAUCAAUUCCAACCGAGGGCGAUUUUGCUCGAGUACUUACCGGAUGCCGAAAGAUUAAAUUGCGUGAAUUAUUCCGAAGCUCUCUGUCUGUAUGCGGUGGACGGUAUCAAAGAGAUACACAGUGCUCUUGUCCACCACCAUGAUAUUUACCCGAAGAAUAUGCUGGUUGUGUCUGGUAGUAGAAUUAUAUGGAUUGAUUUUGAUGUCGCAAUGACUUUUGAUAAUAUGAGCUCCCGUGAGAAAGAAUACUGCAAACGCGAAGCCGAUCUUGUUGAAAGUUUCGGAGAGCUUUUGGCUUGUGUUGCUUCGUUGCCUUGA